AUGAAGUUCUCCGUUGCCCUUGGCGCCGUUUUGGCCGCCACGGCCUCCGCCGUCCGCUUCGAGUCCUACCCAGAGCCUAACUACGAGGGCGGUGCUCAGGUCUUUGUGAGUCUUCCAAUUGGAUGUUACAUGGUUCGCUGGGAUAUAGAGUGGCGCCUCUUCGACGUCGCGGUUCUAACUCUCGACUUCAUCCUAAACAGCGGCUGGUUCUACCUCACCCCCGUCGCCCGCUCCUACAAGUUCGACUCCGAGGGCGGGAAGUACGCCAUCAAGGCGCCUACCGGUAGUGCUGCGUUCUGUGACGGCGACACUGAGGUUGCAGACACUGGUGCUACACUGGGUACUGUGGAGGUUGGGUAUGCUGCGGAUAUGUGCUGA